UGUUUGAGUUUCCGGUUUUUUGUGCGGGUUGGGAGGCCUGAAACAUCCGAUCAGGGUCCGUAUGUGAUCCAUAGGAAAGCCAGGGGAUUGCGGCCCGAGAGACAGAGAUGGUUUUAUAGGGACCCUAAAAAAAACCGAGUGGAGUAAACCAGCAAUCAGGACAGAAGUUGAAUGCGAAUACGUAGAAAGAGCGAGGCCAGAGACCCUAAUAGACAAGAGCAUUCAGACUGCAGACAGAGGGGGCACUUGAUACCAAUAGGGGAGACUGGAUAGUGCAGUGUGGGGGAAUUGAACUUGAAAUAUAAAGGUAGCUGAUAGCGCGUAGCCAGUUACAGAUUCUGUGAGAAGGGGAGGCCAGGCUAUCAACCAUUGAAGGGGUGAUUGGUGGGGAAAAAGGCUGGUGAUAGGGGAGGCCGGUGUAAUGCGCGGCCUGUAAGAUCCCUCUGGGAUCCGCACACAGCCCUCUGAUGGCCGCGGACCAAGACAAGCUGGAUGGACUAACUCUACCGGGUCGCAGAGCCAAAGCCGGCAUGCAAAUGAAGAGCCCUGAAAAGAAACGCCGCAAGUCAAACACUCAGGUAUGGAGAAAAGGGGGUUGGGAAGAAUCACAGCGGAAAAUAAAGGGACCGGUGAAUGCCCAGUUUCAUAAGGGUCCUGCGUACUCUCAUCUAUCAGAGUUUGCUCCUCCACCCACACCAAUGGUUGAUCACCUGGUAGCCUCUAAUCCCUUUGAAGAUGAUUUUGGUGCACCUAAGGUCAGCGCAUCAUCCUCUCCUUUUCUGAACAACCCAGUGCCAUUUGCAAACUUCCGUAUGCAGGGGGGCAUGCCGCAUCAGGUGCCCCCUGGUUAUCCUGGAGGUCCUCAGCCCAUGAGAAGGCAGCCUCCCCCCUUCCCUCCAAAUCAGAUGGGUCCUGGGUUUGGGAUGCCUCAGAACCCAAACUAUGGACAGCCUGGCAAUAUGAACUUUUCCAACCAGCCUUUUAACCAAGCCAUGGGACAAAGCUUCAGCCCACCUGCCGGACAGAUGAUGCAGGGACCUGUUGGGGGUUUUGGGCCAAUGAUGUCACCUAACAUGGGUCAGCCACCUAGAGGGGAGAUGGGGCCCGGACCUGUAUUGAACUCCCCUGGGGGUCCUCCAUUUUCUCAAAGGUUUGGUUCCCCAGGUCACCCCUUUGGACAACCUUCAAUGCCUAGACCCAGCCUUCCUCCAAACACUAGCCCGUUUGCUGGGGCUGACCAAAACUUUCCCCCGGGGGUUGAGGAUCAUGGCAAAAAUAUAAAUCCGCCCAGCAACACCUUUAGCCAAGAACAGCAUGUAGGCUCUCCAUCUGCUGUUAACGGUAAUCCACCAAACUUCACUCCAAACAGUGCCCCAAGGGGUAACAGCAGCACUCCAGAAGUAAAUAGUAUCCCACCCCCCAGCAAGCCAACAGGUAACUCUGGACACCAGCCUCCCCUAGGACAUGAGUAUCUUUGUGGAGCAUGCAAAAAUGAGGUGAAUGAUGAUCAGGAUGCCAUCUUGUGUGAGGCCUCCUGCCAAAACUGGUUCCACCGGGAGUGUACAGGAAUGACAGAAAGUGCCUAUGGCCUUCUCACUAGAGAAGCCUCUGCCGUAUGGGCCUGCGAUUACUGCCUGAAAACAAAGGACAUCCAGUCUGUCUAUAUCCGGGAAGCCAUGGGGCAACUAGUUGCUGCAAAUGAUGGGUGAGAGCAGCACUAGAAGUCUCAAUGUGUUUACUCAGCUUUAACAACAGGUUUCCUCAGAAUUCUAGAACAAGCAAAAAGGUGAGGAGAGGUCACGGUGGCUUUACAAUUUAUAUUUGCUGACACUGGUGCUGUACAGAUAAAUAUUGGACAGCUCAGUUGUUCUUGCAUUACAGUUUUGGGCCAGCAAUCCAGCGUUAAGUUAAGCCUUCAAGAACAAGGCAUCAAGCAAUGAUCCUUCUUACACCCCUGAGAUUCUUCAGUCAAGCUGCUGAAGCAGUAGCAUCUGUACUUAUUUUACAGUGAAAGACAAGAUGUUCCCAUUUGAACAUGUUAAGGUCAAGCUCUUUUUGUUUGUACAGAAGCGCAAAAUAGUCUUUCUCUUGUAUGUAUGUUUGUUUUUUUGUUUUUUAUAAUGUGUAUGAUUCCUUAUCUUUCAGACCUCCAUAUUUGUGCCCAUUGUUAGCUGUAUAGCAGUAAUUGUGCAGAUUUGUUAUACUCUGUACUAAUGCUUAUCCCCUUCAUCCAUGAAAAGCAUUUUGUAGAAAACAGACAACAAUGGUGGCCCAUAAUUGACAUUAUCACCAAGCCAAUGGCAGAAGCAACUUUUUUUGUGGAAGGGCGGUUUCUGGAAUAGGUUCUAUAAGAACGCACCAUUACACUUAUUAUGAGCACAAUUUGUGUUCAUUCAUUGCUAUGUAACACUUUGAUCACAGUGGCUGUUUAGUGCUGUCCUACAUUCAAGACUGUGGAAGAAGUGCUGAAAUAAGACAUUUGUUAGUAUCUCUUGAUUUUUUGUUACAAAAAACUUAGUACUGUGACUGAGUCUUAAUUGGCUGUUUGAGAAAAGCAUUUGUAAAAAAUAAUUUAAAAAGCCAUUUAAGACACUCCAUUUUUUUUUUUUUAUUAUAAAAGAUUAAAAAUUAAGUAUGUUGUGCAGUUCUAAGUAGCAAUAAACAUAUUCCCUGCUCUCAAGCACACUGUCAACAUUUCUGUCACCAAUAAUUCUGCCUGUUGCAUAAUAUCAGACUCAUUUUGCAGGAAAAAAAGUGUCUGCUGCUUCUUCCACUGGGUAUUUAAUUUCCAGUGAACAGCAGAAGAAAACAUACAUUUUCUAUAAUCCAUCAUUGUUGUAUAGAUCAGCUGUACAGAAUUUUCCAGCGACAGUUUGCAUACUACCUCAUGUAAAAAUUGUGCAAACCAGUAGCGAAAGCCUCCAGGAUUAUGUAAAUAGAAGAUUGUCAGUGUGAAUAGGGCCUAUGAAAGUUACCCGCCAGUCCACAAACGGUUGUCUUCACGUGUACAAACUCUAUUGAAAAAUCUUUUGUGAAAUAACAUAAUGCCCACCUAUCAUUGCUUCAAUCUUAUUGGUAUGUGGAGGUUUAUCUAAACAAAUAACUAGGUGCUCUAAGCAGCGUUGUAGUCGCUAAUCAGAAGUCAAUAAAGAUGAGCACUUUUAUUCGUCAUUACUAGGUCUUGCGGUCUGGUGAAUAAACCAUGGUGUCCUUUCAUUCUCAGUGGAUAGUGCAUUAAAAACGUGUUUUGAUAUUUGAAAUAAGUCAUCCUGUUCAUCUGGUCUUACCCUGCCACAUGUUGAUGCAGUACAUGUUAAAUUGCAGGAUGGCUAUCCCUGUCCUGAUGUGUUAUUAAUAUGAAAUGCUCAUUCUGGCCUGAUAAAGAGAACUCACAAGCAAGAGGGUGACAACUGCCACAACUCUGUUCUCUGAUAGUGUAACUGUGGUUGAAUGUUUAAUAUUAUCUGCACUGUGCGGAUGUCUGCCACAGUGGGAAUAAUAUUUUUUUUAUUUGUUAAGUACCAUCUCAACAUAAAACUAUUUCAAAACAA